UCCCGCCCUCAUUUCCUCUCCUCCCCCAUGCUGGUGUUCCCCUGGAGACGCCAUUUAUACCCGGGAGCACUAAGGAGACACUUAUUGUUCCUCUACCUCAAUUUACAGACAGAUGCACUGCAUCACAGACAGUCAGGAGGAGGGAGAAAGCUUUUGCAGAGACACCAACCUGGACGCCAUCAGGCCAGAGUGCAUCGUCUCUGCAUUCUCUUCAACAAGUGUCUCCCGGCUGUGGCCACUGGACACCCCAUGCCCUGACACGAUGCUGGUGCUGGUAUCGCUGCUGUUCACGGGCCUGGACUGCUUACUGGCAGCUCCGGCAGGCAGAGAAGUCUACAGGAUGCCCCAAAGUGCACUUAAAGCUCUGUCCGAUCGUGGUACUGUGGUUCUAGAAGCAGCCAUGACCAGUGCCCUUUCUGCUCUCGACCGAGCAUCAUCUGAGAGAAGUCGGGCGGAGGCAGGCUGCAGAGGCUGCACUCCCUGCCUGUUUCAAGACUGUGGACAGCCCUCUGAUUCCUGCUCUGCCCCUUCCAAUGCCUUAUCAGAACCCAGCUGCGACAUCAUCAGCAAGGCCCAGAAGCUUCAAGACGAAGCAGAGCGGAGUUGGGCUUUGAGCCAGGCCUGCGGUUUCUACCAACACCGCUGUCAAGCCGGAAACUUGGACAAAGAGAGCUGCAUCAGAAUCAUGGGUGAGAGUUGCAGUGCUCGUGUCCUCCAGUGCAGCUUGCUUAACACAAUGCAGAACCUGGAACCCGCCACUCAGACGCAUGUGCAGGCCGUGUGUGGUCAGAGGUCAUCAUCAGCACACAACAUGACCCGGCCUCGUUCCAGGAUUGUGGGUGGAUCCCCUGCUCCACCAGGCAGCUGGCCCUGGUUGGUCAAUCUGCAGCUCGAUGGUGGCCUGAUGUGUGGAGGAGUUCUGGUGGAAAGUUCCUGGGUGGUCACUGCAGCACACUGUUUUGCCGGGAGUCGCAGUGAAAGCUACUGGUCAGCCGUGGUGGGGGAGUUUGACAUCACCAAGACUGACCCAGAUGAGCAGAUACUCAAAGUCAACCGCAUCAUCCCUCAUCCAAAGUUCAAUCCAAAGACGUUCAACAAUGACAUAGCCCUGGUGGAGCUAACAUACCCAGUAGUCCUGUCUGACCGUGUCACCCCCGUGUGUCUGCCUUAUGGGAUGGAGCCUCCAACUGGCAGUCCUUGUCUGGUGGCAGGCUGGGGGUCUCUCUAUGAAGAUGGCCCAUCUGCUGAUGUAGUGAUGGAGGCCAAGGUGCCUUUACUGCCUCAGACCACUUGUAAGAACGCACUUGGCAAAGAACUGGUCACCAACACCAUGCUGUGUGCUGGCUAUCUCUCAGGAGGAAUUGACUCCUGUCAGGGGGACUCUGGAGGCCCGCUGAUCUACCAAGACAGACUUUCAGGUCGCUUCCAGCUCCAUGGAAUUACAUCCUGGGGAGACGGAUGCGGCGAGAAGGGAAAGCCCGGAGUUUAUACCCGUGUGUCUGCUUUUUCUGACUGGAUUCAGGCCGAGAUCCAGAAGUCAUCUGGCAGUCGGGAGCCAACAUGUCCGGAGCUUCUAAGGACUACAGAGAUGACAGAGGAGGAGCAAAGAUCAGAGUUCAGCACUCUGUGCCGCUUCUACACCCUCACCUGCCCUCCUGGCCAGUCCACAAGCGCUUGCAGCCGAAUGGCCGAGGACAAAUGUCUUAUCCGCUUCAAGAAAUGUCAGCUGCGUUCCUUCCUGCAGAACCUCCUGGACCUACUCCAGAGGGCCGAGGACUACAUCCGGGAUAGAGUGGAUCUAACUUUCUUCACCCAGACUCUUCCUCAACUGGUGGAGCACAUUCACAACACUGCUUUCACUCACACCAGAGACAGGAGGGAUGCGGCUGGGGACCACGACCGUGUACAGAUUACAGAGCAGCUAGGUGGCACUGUGACACCGGAGGAGGAUGGUUCUCCUCCACUUCCUCCACCUUUGUUCAGAGACUUAGGCCCCUUGGUGGAGGACUGGGAGAAGUACCUGGUAAACAUUUCUGAGGACAUGGAGAAAGAAACCAACAAGACAUUGACAGACAUCUCUUCUUCGACGCCCAGAGAGGAGGAAAACCUUUUUUUACAGACAGGGGACAACUCGGUUCUUCAACUUGAGAAAGAAUACCGAGAUAUUAUCUCAGUGUUGCACUCCAAACUGGACUCUAAAGCUGCUCCCCCCAUCCUCCACUUGGACCUAUCCUUCCUCCAGGAGAAUUCUUCCAACCCUCCUCCUAAUCCGACUCCUUCCGUGAGGCAACAAGUCAGCACCGGUCCCUCUCCCUCCUGGAAAUCCCAGGAAACUUGGUCACUUUUGCCAACCCUGAUGACUGAAAUUGAUAAAUUAAGGAUGCCAAGUAGGACUAUGACCGGUGAUGAGACACAAAGUGGACCUCAAGAUACUUCUGAUGGCACUGAUCUUGGAGAAUUAAAGGCUUCAGAAUCCCCUGCUCAAAGGCAGUCAACAACAAUUCAACCACCGACUACAGCAGACCUCACAAAGACGACGUCUCAACCCAGACAGACAUUACAUGCCAGCAAUCCUUUCGGUCGCCACAGGAAAAGAAGAAGCCUCCUUUAUAAGGGACAGACACCUGGGUCUGGUGGGAAAGUUUGUCCUGGCAUUCGAGAGACUUCGCAGCAAGUCAGCCAAGUGAGAGACUCAUACCGCUGGGUGUUAAAUAUCCCAAACAGCAGCCUCCGCAUGAAUUUCCAAGAGGUUUUAGUUGAUCUGAGCUCCAAGAACAAUCGAGGACUUUACCAAGCGCGAGUCAGAGUUAUUGUGGGAGGACGUCCUCUGACUUUCUACGGUCUGGUAGGCCUGGGAAAUGAAUCGUUCUAUCGCAGUGUGCCAAGGAUCCUUUCCUCGGCGCUGGAGGCCCUCAAGACGUGACUUGGAUGGAACCGCCAGGGGAAACACUGAGGAGAUGUGGGCUCAGAUGAAAGACCGUGGACACAAGACCUCAUGGAGGAACCUUGUCAUGGCGCUGCAGACGCACACCUGAACACUAUUCUGUGGGACUUUGUUGUGAAGAGGAUUCAGUCUCCCUUCGAGAGACCCAAAAACUGAAUACAUCAAAAUUAAGUCUAAUUUAUGACACUGUACAAAUAAGUUAUUCAUACUGUCCUUUGCAAAGGUUGAGCCUCUUGUGAAGAUUUAUUUUAUUCAUACCAUAUUUAUUUGUAUUUUUGUAUUUUUGUAAAAGAAAAUCCAUAUAAUAAUAAAACUGUUAUUCCUG